UCUGACGCAGUAAUUAGCCAGUGGAUUCGGUUCGGUGAAAAAGGUGACAUGAACAUGGGUUACCUGAGGCAAAUCGACGUGGAAAACUUCAAGUCGUGGCGAGGGAAGCAGGUCGUCGGGCCCUUCAUGCGAUUCAACUGCAUAAUCGGCACGAACGGCUCGGGGAAGUCCAACGUGAUGGACGCCCUGAGCUUCGUCGUGGGGGAGCGGGCCGCCGCCCUCCGGGUGAAGCAGCUCAGAGACCUGGUUCACGGAGCCCACAUCGGGCGGCCCGUGUCCGACACCGCCUGCGUCGCCAUGCGGUACCGCGACGACGAGGACCAGGAGACCGUCUUCUGUCGGAGCAUCACCGGCAACUCCUCUGAGUAUCGCAUCGACGGCGUACAUGUCACUCUAGCCAAGUAUUUGGAGCAGCUUGAGAAGAUUGGCAUUGUGACCAAAGCUCAAAACUGUCUGGUUUUUCAGGGGGCAGUGGAGUCCAUCGCUUUGAAGGACCCAAAGGACAGGACCAAGAUGUUCGAGUUGAUCAGCCAGUCGAGAGAGUAUGCUGCAGAGUACGACAAGAAGAAAGAGGCCCUGCUGAAGGCCAAAGAGGACACUCAUUUUCACUUCAACAAGAAGAAGUCUGCCACUGUAGAGAGGAAGCAGGUUUCCCAGGAAAAAAUGGAGGCCCAGAGGUACCAGGCACUGGUGGACGACCUUCAUCAAAACCGCCUGCAGCUGAGCCUGGCCGAGCUCUACCACAAUGAUAGGGGCAUCAACACUCUCUGCAACAUCCUGAGGGAGAAACAGCAGGCCGCAGCUGCAAAAAACAAUAAGGUGGUGAACUCGGAGCGGACGGUCAAAACCCACAAGAAGGAACACGGACGUCUCACCAGAGAGCAGCUGCACACUGAGAAGGAAAUCCGUGCCCAGGAGCAUGCCCUGUCUCACUCUCGGUCCCAGUACAUCAAAGCCAAGGUAAACACUUCCCAUCACACGAAGAAGGUUGGGGAGGUCCGCGGUGCCCUGAAGAAGAGUCAGAAUCUGCUGGCCAUGAAAGAGCAGCAGUUGGCAGAGGGUCGGCAGGAGCUCACUGAUCUGGACCGGACCUGGAGGAACUAUGAGAGGCAGGUCCAGCAACAGGGAGCCACCCACGGGAGGGACAUCGAGCUGGAAAAGGAUCAGUUGGAGCGAUACAAGGAGCUGAAGGAGGUGGCUCGGAAGCAGGGGGCUGUCCUCAGCCAGCAGGCAGAGAAACUGCACUGGGAGGUGAACGCUGAGUGCGAAAAGUUGGCUUUCGACCAGCGCAGAAAGAAGGACGUGGAGGUUGGCAUCAGGAACAACCGGACUCAACUGGAAGAUUUGACACUUCGAACAGAGAAGCUGGAGGAGUACACCAAGACCUGCGAGGCCUCCCUUGAGGAGUUCCGCCAGCAGGAGGAGAGCCUGAGCGAGGAGCUGCAGCGGGGCCGCAAGCGCAGUGAGGAGGUGAAUGGGGAGCUGGGUCGGGUGCUGGAGGAGCUGGGCAACGCCCGGCUGGACAGCCAGGAGAGCAGACGCCAGCUGAAGCGCAAAGAGCUACUGGAGAAGCUCCACAGACUUUACCCUGACACCGUGUAUGGUCGACUCUCUGACUUGUGCAGUCCCAUCCAUAAGAAGUACCAGCUGGCCGUCACCAAGGUGUUUGGCCGCUACAUGAACGCUCUGGUAGUGGCUACAGAGAAAGUGGCUUGCGACUGUAUUACGUUCAUUAAGGAGGAGCAUUGUGAACCCGAAACCUUCCUGCCCAUCGACUACUUGGAUGUGAGUCCUCUGAAUGAGCGACUGAGGGAGGUGCCCGGUGCCAAGAUGGUGGUGGACAUCGUCCAGGUCAAUGCCGCCGCAGGCGCCGCACAUCUGAGAAAGGUGGUGCAGUUUGUCUGUGGCAAUGCCUUGGUGUGCGAGACGGUCAGAGAAGCUCGGAGUGUGGCCUUCGACUGGCGGGAGCGCGUUAAGACUGUGUCGCUGGACGGGACGCUGUUUGCGAAGUCAGGCGUGAUCUCCGGAGGCUCCAGCGAUCUGCGGUACAAAGCUCGUGUCUGGGACGAGAAGGUCAUGACGCGGCUGAGGGAACGCAAAGACCAGCUGACAGCCGAGCUACGUGAUCUGGUGAAGCUGAAGCGGAAGGAGUUGGACCUGAAACUGAUCGUUGCUCAGGCUCAUGGUGCUCAGACCCGCCUCAAGUACUCCAAAACUGAGCUGGAAAACCUUCGGAGGAAGAACAUCCUUAAAUGCCAAGCGGAGAUUUCUCGUAUGGAGAGUGAAUUGUCAAACCAGGACUCUCAGGUCCAGAUGCAGCAGGAAUGCGUGAAGGCAAAGGAUGCAGAGAGGAACAGGAUCAAAGAGCAGAUCAACCAGAUGGAGGACUUGGUGUUUUCUGACUUCUGUGCUGAGAUCGGUGUGGACAGCAUCCGGGAGUACGAGCAGGAACACCUGAAAGAGCAGGAGGUCUUUGACAAGAAACGGCUGGAGUUUGAGAGUCAGCUUGCUCGCCUGAAUGCGCAGCUCGAGUAUGAACAAGACCAACUGGAGCAGCAGAAGAAGAAGCUCCGCAAAAUGGAGGACACAAUCGACAAGGAGGAGAAAACCAUGGUAGAGCAGAAGAAGGAGGAGGAGAUGCUGCUGCUGGUGGUUGAGGAAGCUCAGAACAAACUGUUGGAGGUGAAGAACCAGCUGCUGUCAAAGAAGAACCAAGUGGCUGCUGCCAAAGCUGAGCUGGACCAGAAAACCCAGAGCCUUCAAGAGCUCAACAAAGAUUUGGUGAAGCUUCAGCGGGAGGUGAUGUCUGCAGAGACAGCUUUGGAGCAGAAACGCUUGGCCAGACACAACUUGCUGCUGGCCUGCAAGAUCCAGAGUCUGCCCAUCACUCUGCUGUCAGGGAGCCUGGAUGAAAUCAGCGAGGUGCAGCUGGACACAGAAUCUGAAAGCACGUCAGCCACCAUGGGCAUCUACGAGAGGGAGGCACAGCUAGUCAUCGAUUACUCUGAACUGGAGGCCGAGCUCAGGCGUCUGCGGGCAGAGGAGGAGGUGGAGGCUUACCUGGAGAAGGUGAAGGAGUCGGUGUCCUCCAUAGAGGGAGUGCUGCAUCGCACCACUGCCCCCAACCUGAAAGCUCUUGCGAAGAUGAGGGAGGUGAACAACAAGUUACAGGGAGUGACAGAAGCCUUUGAAGCCAGCACCAGAGUAGCCAGAAAGUGCAGCCAGGAGUUCGAGCAUGUCAAAGCCCGGCGCUCCCACCUCUUCAGCCAGUGCUUUGAGCACGUGUCUGUCGUAAUUGAUCAGAUCUAUAAAAGAAUUUGCAGGAACAACAGUGCUCAGGCCACUCUGAGUGCAGACAAUCCCGACGAUCCGUACCUCGGAGGCAUCAACUACAACUGCGUGGCGCCGGGGAAACGCUUCAUGUCCAUGGACAAUCUGUCCGGUGGAGAAAAGGCCAUCGCCGCUCUCGCUCUGGUGUUCGCCAUCCACAGCUUCCGCCCUGCUCCUUUCUUCGUCUUGGAUGAAGUGGAUGCUGCCUUGGACAACACCAACAUCAGCAAGGUGACCAGUUUCAUCCGGGAGGAGUCCAGGCAGAACAUGCAGAUCAUUGUCAUCUCCCUGAAGGAAGAAUUCUUCUCCAAGGCAGAUGCCCUGCUGGGAGUCUACUCAGACUUUGAUGAGUGCAUGAUCAGCCGCAUUCUGACCCUGGACCUGCGACCCUACCCUCUGGUUGAAGAAGACAACGGGACACAGAGCGACAAGGGCGUCGGGGUGGACGGAACGCAGGACUCGGGCAGCCUGGAGUCACCUGCAUGAAGCCUUCGUUUGUGUUUCUCUUGCCUUCAUGUUCAUGAACCAUAUCGGUUCUGAAUGUUGUCAACGUUUUACCAAAUGUAAAGGCAAAGUAAACCUCAAAGCGUCUAGUGUUUUUUUAUAAAUAUUCCAGAGCCCCUUUAUUAGCAGCUUGUGUUUAAAUCAACCCUCACAUCAAAAUUUUGCAAUUAUUUGGUCAAUAACAAGUCUGAAGCUUAAUGGGAGAAAACAUUUCCAAAGACAGUCUUGAAUACAGUGGUGCUAUUCCUACAUUUACAAUAUUUAAAUGUUUAUAGUGCGAAUACCACAGCGUUAAAUCACAACUUCAAUGUUAAUGGCUUUUUAUCCCCCAGGUAGUUCCACGUCAUUCAAAGGUGAUAAACGUUGGCAUGUUCAUACUUUAAGUAUUUUUUUUUCUUGAAAUGUUUUAUAUUUGAGUUAUGUUUUUCAGUGUGGUGUGUGUCCUGUUCAUUAAAUCCACAGUUGCUGUGUGUA